AUGUACCAGAACUGUACCACUCUCUUCCAGUGUGGCUAUCCUAGCUCCGAGGGAUACAGCAGCCUUUCUCCUGCUUCUUCCAUUGACUCCAGUGGCCUUUCUCCUCCAUAUCUGCUUUAUACAACCUCUCAGGAGGCAUUUGGUGAUAUUUCUUCAACCACCUCUCAAACAAUGAACUUGAAAGCUCAGACAAAAAACUGUGCUGAAAAGAAAAUCCGAAGGAAGGGCAAGCUUCCAUAUAGUCAACGACAAAACGCAAGUGAAAGAGAGAAGAUGAGGAUGAGGAACCUCUCCAAAGCUCUCCAGAACCUCAGAAGAUAUCUUCCUCCAUCCAUGGUUCCCGCAGAUAAGCCUCUAACAAAAAUUGAAACUCUUCAGUUAACAAUUCGCUACAUAUCACAUCUGUCGGCACAGUUGGGACUAAGUGAAGAUGUCUUAGAGCAAAGAAGAUUGGAGGCCAUGCAAAGAGCAAACAGAUGCCCACAAGGCUUAGGUCGCUACAUAGAUAUGACGCAUCCGUUUUGCUCAGAGCCUGAAGAGAAGAGUUGUAUGUCCUUUUCAACCUCUACAGAGCCCACAGCUCCAUCAAGACUUAUGCCUGUUGAACCAGUACUACAUAACACGCAAAACACCUACAACAUGUCAUAUGAGAUCCCUUACUUCUCAGAACUACAAACCAGCCCUCAGCAGCUGCAAUAUGCAACAGGGAAGACCACUUUGCCUCAACUUUCUACUGAAUUCUAUUCUCCACAUGUCUCCAGCAGACGGUAA